AUGAAUGGAUCAUCAAAAUGCCAAACAUCAAGCAGUUCUAGGCAGUCCACGAUGUUGCCAACUAGAAAUAAGUUUUCAGAGAAGCAUGCUGUUCUCAAUGAACUUCCAAUGGCUUUCAGUUUACAAUUACGAGGAGCUCUACCAGAUAGGGCAUUCCUUCGAGAUCGUCAUACAAAUCUGUGGCCUAUAAAAACGGAAAAAAUUGACAAUAUCUGGUUUUUUUGUGAUGGCUGGGAAAAAUUUGUUCAAGAUAACUCUUUGGAAUCACGGGAUGUCCUCGUGUUUCAAUAUGAUGGGGAAAAUUUAUUUGAUGUAAAGCUAUUGGGGUUAUCAGGUUGUGACAAGGAGGGUCAUGCAUAUAUCAACAUGAGUGUUGAGGAUAAGAAUGAAGAAGACGGUGUAGCAAAAGCAGUGCAAGUGGCUGAUGAGUCAGAGGAUGACACUGAAGAUCGUAUUCAUGAUAGUGGUGACAAUGCCGAAGAGUACAUGGAGAAUUUGGAAGACAAAGACAAGGAUGCUGAAGAUGAGGAUGGCGAGGAGGAAGACACUAAAAGCAAUGAAGAUAAGACUCAAGAAGAUGAAUUAGAUGUUGAGCAAGCGGCCGAUGGUCAACGUCCUCUCAAUUCUUAUGGUAAUGAUAUUUUCAAUUCCAUCUAA